AGGAACGGUCAGACAUGGGACAGAAUUCCUUGAGAGGCAGCUCCGCCGGCUGCGCAACAGCCUGGCUGCCCAGUGCUUGCUUUUAUCACAUGCUGGGACAAGAAUCACGUGAAGAGGCGGGGAGUCAGCCCUGCAGAGCCUGGUGGUAUUGUGGUUUGCUGGUGGGAUCCUGGGAGCCUCUGCCCCUGAUGGCAUUUGUGAGCCAGCAUCAGAUCCAAAAGUCACCCCAUCUCUUCCAGUUCCACGAGGAUGGCUUCCUUGUCCUAGAGCAUUUUUUCACCGCAGAGGAGUGUGACAGCAUGAGGAACCAGAUUCAGAGGAUCAUAGAGGAGAUGGAAGUGCCACCGCACUGCCGCACUGAGUUCUCCACCAAGGAAAAGGAGCAGCUCCAGGCACAGGGUAGCUCGGAUUAUUUCCUAACCAGUGGAGACAAGAUUAGAUUCUUCUUUGAGAAAGGUGUUUUGGAUGAGAGAGGUAACUUUCUGAUUCCAAAGGAGAAAUCUGUCAGCAAGAUUGGCCACGCUUUACAUGCUUAUGAUCCUGUCUUCAAGCAAGUCACCCACUCCUCCAAGGUGCAGGAAUUGGGAAGAAAAUUAGGCCUUGAGAGACCAGUAGUUGUGCAAAGCAUGUAUAUCUUCAAGCAACCUGGCAUUGGUGGUGAAGUGACACCACACCAGGAUGCCACCUUCCUGUACACAGAGCCCCUGGGCAGGAUCCUGGGGUUCUGGAUCGCCCUGGAGGAUGCCACACAGGAGAAUGGAUGCUUGUGGUUCAUUCCUGGCUCUCACACCAGAGGAAUUACCCGCAGAAUGGUCCGUGCAGCUUCAGGUAGCUCAACGUGUGUAGAGUUUGUAGGAUCGGAUCCGGCCUACGAUGACAACCAGUUCAUACCUCUGCCUAUAAGUAAAGGAGGACUCAUUCUCAUCCACGGUGAAGUUGUCCAUAAGAGUGAACUGAACAGCUCGGAGUCUUCUCGCCAUGCAUUCACUUUCCACGUGAUGGAAGCUAAAGACACCAGCUGGAGCAAAGAGAACUGGCUCCAGCCGACUCCUGAACUGCCUUUUCCAUCGCUCUACACUUGAAGCUAGUGAUUGGCUUUUGGAGACAAUAGCUGGUCAAUAUUCCUUUCUGAUCAUUCGUUCCCUUUAAAUACAUCUUUCACUAGGUCAGCUCUUGAGAUUAAUUUAUCCUCUUCUCAGAACAGGGACCCAUGACAUAGCCAAAUACCCCUGCAUUAGACAAGUUUCUACUGCAGUGUGAGCCCUAUUAGUAUAAGAAUAGUCAUCCAGCCCUUUUGGUAAGGAAAUCUCUCCAGUGUUGAGAAUGGACCAUUAAAGACCUUGACUGGGAUCAGUUAAGAAGUGUUUCUUCUUGCAGACACUCCGUAUUCCUUUCUGUUGAGGUCAAGAGCUUGUCUAGUGCAAUUCUUUGCUGUGUCAAUCCCAGCAAUGCAGGCGAAUGUGUCAUGUGAAGACAGCUGACUUUUAUCCUUAGGUCUUUGUCCUAUUGUUUGAAUAACAGUGAUUAAAAUAAUCCUAUUGUAGGCAAAAUGAAAUGGAAAGUCUGCUUCUAUAAUCAAUCUUCUAAGUAUUUGUAGUAAACUGUAGCUGAGUGUUUGAUCUCUGGGUGUGUUGAUUAAAAUCUACAGUUCUUAAAGUCAUGUUGAAAUUAUGUGUUAUUAACCAAAAACGACUCUGAAGAAUCUUUUAACAUCCUCAGGAAAAGCAGUAUGGAAUUUCAAGAGCCCAUGGAGGUGUUAAAUUGGGCAAUGCUGCCUUUCAGCUGUUUGAGUCCUGGUUUGUUGCAGGGACAAACGCAGUAUGAGAUCCUGGGGCGUAUUUUGCUGGCCCAGAGGACUACUUUCACUGCACCCCAGUCCUAUUCUCACUCAAGACAGUCUCAGGGCUAGGACUGCAGGACACUAUUGUGUGAGGUAUCUUGAACUCCCACAAAAGUGUUCGCAAAAGUGAAUAAAAGAAGUGUCAGAAGUUAACUUCAUCCUGCAAACAGGAAUCCUGGAAUGCAAAUCUUCUGCUUGGAUACUUCUCAGGGGAAGGAAAAAGGCAGGGAGGGCAUGUGCUCCUGUGUUCUGUUCUAAUGGAUGCUUGGUGAACUGAUGGGAAGAUUGUAGGUACAGAAGUGUUUAAUACAUAAAAAUGAAUGUGGUUUUUUGGCCAUAAAAUGGGAGUUACAAUUUUUUAAUUAAAUGGGUUUACUCAGUUUGUUGAUAGAAGCAUUUUUAUAAAUGAUUUGAUGAAACACCUAGCUGAAAAAAUGUGCAAGGUAGAAAACUUCAGUAGCAUUAGAAAAGUUUAUUGACUUUAACAGGUUUUCUGCUUUUGUGAUCAACGUGUGAUUAGUUUUAUCUGUGACUUGGCUUAGUUCUCCUCCCCCUAUUGAAUAUUAUUCCAAAUGAACUGAGAGAUUAAAAUCUUGCUAAAGAUAAAA